GCUUUGUCUGGCUGCUGGGAGAGGGCAGCGGGCAGCUUGUGCGGCUGGGUAAGUGGAAUGCAGCAAGUGUCUGAGGACUGAUUCAUUGAAGUGCUGGCAGCCGCGGACGUGUCUGGGUGCUGAUUCCCUUGCCGCCCGGAGAUAAAGGGAGAGGUUGAAGCUGCAAGCAGCUUUUAUUUCACAGCUGUCUCCGGAGCAACAGCGGAAGAGACCCGGGCUUCAGAUAAGCGCAUUUCACCCAAGCAGAACCUGUAUAUUUCCAGUUGAGAUCAGACUUGAUUGUAUGAGGAGCAGCCUGGCUGUUAGCGGACUGCUGCGCCCAGCUGCACACACAGCCUCCCAGGAGGUGCAGGCAGGAAGGCUCGUCUCCGCCAGCCCUUCAUCUCCCUGGUCCGGAGACAUCAGUGGGUACAGAUGGAGAGCAGGCAAACUUGAAGAAAGGGGGAAGCGACAGGUACACACGAUGGUAACCAGGGAGAGGGCCGAGUGCCCGGACGAGCAGGACUGGGAGGAGAGACCCGAUGCAGGCAGCAAGUUCUUCCCCAAUGUGAAGAAACACCAUCACAAGCAUAACCUGAAGCACAGAUACCAGCUGCUGGAAACACUGGGCUGUGGAGCCUGUGGGAAAGUGAAGAAGGCGCAGGAGCGAGCCACUGGCAGGAUUGUGGCCAUUAAAUCUGUCCGCAAGGAGAAGGUUGAAAAGGAACUGGAUCGGAUCCACAUUCAGCGGGAAAUGGAGAUUAUGUCAUCUCUUAACCACCCCAAUAUCAUAAACAUUUAUGAAGUGUUUGAAAAUAAGGAUAAGAUUAUCAUUGUUAUGGACUACUGCAGUAACGGCGAGCUGUAUGAUUAUGUCAACGACCACCACAAACUCUCUGAGAGUGAAGCACGCAAAGCUUUCAGACAAAUCGUCUCUGCAAUUCACUACUGCCACAAGAAAGGAAUUGUGCACCGUGAUUUGAAGCUGGAGAACAUUCUCCUCGAUGAAAACCUUAACGUGAAGCUCGCUGACUUUGGCUUGUCGAACUUGUAUCACAAGGAUCGCCUUUUGGAGACAUACUGUGGAAGCCCCCUUUAUGCUUCACCAGAAAUAGUGAAUGGACUCCCAUAUCAAGGCCCUGAGGUUGAUUGCUGGGCCUUAGGAGUCCUGUUGUACACGCUGGUGUAUGGAACAAUGCCAUUUGAUAGUCAGAGUUACAAAACUUUAACACAGCAGAUCAGUCGUGGAGAAUACAAGAAACCUCCACAGAUGUCUGGUGCACAUGGCCUAAUUGAUUGGAUGCUGUCAGUGAAUCCAAGGAAGCGUGCAACGAUUGACGAUAUUGCAACCCAUUGGUGGGUUAAUUGGGGUUGUGGCGCACCAGUUUGUGACUAUGUUUCUGAAAAUGACUCGCACUCACCUUUACUGGUGCGUUAUAUUGACUGGAAAAACAGUGCUGGAUAUUGUAAUCAAGGGAAGAAUGAAACGGAGGAUGCCCAGUGGUUGGUGAGUUCUGUACAUAAAGCUCCUACAGGAGAAAUCAGGGGAGAGGCUUGUUUAAAGAAGUCAAAGAAAGAAAAUGAUAUCACGCACCCACAAAGUGAUGCAAAACUGCAAAAAAUAACUUACAAAGAUACAAAGAAAAAGCCAAAGGGAAUUUUAAAAACCAGGACCAGUGUCGACAGUGAUAUUUCAACUACAGUCAUAGACAUGCAAUCACAAUGGAUUGAAACUAAAACUACCAUAGCAGAAUCUACAACCAUCUGCUUUAAUGUAUACACAGUGCCAAACAAAGUCUGCGGUAACAUGCCAGUGAAAGGGAUCCUAAAGAACUCAUGCCAAAGAGAAUCUGGCUAUUCUUCUUCUCCAGAACGCAGUGAAUCUGUGGACAGGGAUACAGCUGCCAUUCCUUCAAAACCAAGUCAAAAGCAGUCAGAAAUGUUGACAUCAGGACAGGUUGUAUACAGGAAAAAGGGAAUUCUGAAACGAAAUGGAAAAUUUUCCAUUAGCCUAGAUCUGCCUGAUGAUUGUUCAACGUUCAGGCUUUCUGAUUCUUUCAAGGACCUGAUCUUAGCAAGUGGCAGGGAAAGCACGAGUCGCCCAUCCAGUGUAAUCAGUGAUGACUCCAUACUGUCCAGCGACUCAUUUGAUCUCCUGGAUUCCACAGCUGAAGGCAAAAGAAGAUUGUUUUCACAAAGUAAACAUGGCAGUAUCCACAGUUUAAUUUCAGAAGAUGAUUUAUUGGAGCUGGGUAAGACAGAAGUGGAACCACAAACUGCACAGAAUGUAGGCUCUGGAAAUGUUAACAUGGGAAAAUAAAUUCCCAUAAUGGAACACAAAGGUGCAUGUUCAUGAUGAAGCUGAAGAAACCUGCAAUCAUUUAAAGGAAAGGAGAAUGAAUUAUGGAUAUUCUUCUGCGUAAAUUGUACCCUAAUAUUAUUUCAACUGAACUAACUUGAAGAAAAUGGUAUUCAUUAGACCUAUCAUGAAGAAUAUGUAUAGACAAAAUAAAUUAUUGUAAUUUUUAUUUAAAUAUCGCAUGAGGACAUUCACUAGCAAAAUGUACUUAUCCUAGUGACAAGGCUGACAUGCUAAAUAACUCUUAUUUUAUUUAAAUACUGGAACUGCAUAUGCUGGUUUACACAAAAAGACACAAAGUGCUGGAGUAACUCAGCAGAUCAGGCAACAUCUCUGGAGAACCG